GAGGACUAUCCCUCAUCCAAAAGCUCUUGAUAAAUAAAAGAACUAUACCGGGACGCAUUCACAUUUUCAAAAUCUCAAAGAAGAAGUAGCAUUAUUUAAUAUGGAACAAAAACCUUGUGAAACACAUAAUGAAGAUCUUUUUUCAAGUAGUGGCAUCGCAUCCAACGGAGGUUCAAGUCCAUUUUUUAUGUCAUCUAUUCGAGGUACAAUAAUUGAAAACACAUCUUCAUCUGGGACUUUGACACAAAUUCCUUUUUUCCCUAAAUAUGAAGUAGAACUUGAUUCUCAUAGAAAAAUCAUCUCAUUCCCUGGAAAGGAACACAUCGAACGUGUUUUAGAAGAAUAUUCACAACAAGUCAAAGAUUUGCAGAGAAAAUUAAAUGAAAGCAGUGACCUGCAUGAGAAGCAAAAGUUUUAUUUGAGACAAUCAGUCAUUGAUUUGCAAACAAAACUUCAAGAGAUGCAAAUGGAGAGAGAUGCCAUGGCUGACAUCAGACGAAGAGAGAGUCAGUCCCAGGAGGAUUUAAGAAAUCAGCUUCAAAAUACAGUUCAUGAACUUGAAGCUGCCAAAAGUAUCAAGGAGAACAUGCUAAAAGAUAGCAGCUCACAGAUAGAACAGCUUAGGAAAAUGAUGCUUAGUCAUGAGGGUGUGCUACAAGAAAUCCGAUCAGUCCUAGUUGACUUUGAAGAAGCCUCAGGCAAGAAAGUAUAUGAUCAUGAAAGCAUGUCUACUCUCCACAUCCGAAACUUGGGCUCAGCUAUUAGUAAAAUCCUAAGAGAAUUAGACACAGAGAUUUCUUAUCUUAAAGGGAGGAUAUUUCCAGUGGAGGAUCAGCUUGAAGCAUUAAAAUUGGAAUCACAGAACAAAAUAGAACUACUACUUCAGCAGCAUCAAGAUCGAGAACAAGCAAGAAACCAAAAUUCAAUGUAUAUGCGUCAGCUCAGUGACCUGGAGUCUACUGUUUCUCAGCUACGCUCUGAAUUAAGAGAAGCCAAAAGGAUGUAUGAAGACAAGAUAGAGGAGCUGGAGAAGCAGCUAGUUCUUGCCAACUCAGAGCUAACUGAUGCUCGGACGGAACGUGACCAGAUCAGCCAGGAAUCUGGGAAUCUGGACGAUCAACUCCAAAAGCUUCUGAUGGCAGCAAUUCAGGGAAAGAAUGAAAGUCUAGAAAAAGUGUCCUCCUUGACGGCUCAGCUGGAAUCCACCAAAGAGAUGCUUCGCAAAGUCGUAGAAGAGCUGACGGCCAAGAAAAUGACUCUGGAGAGUUCCGAGAGGACCGUGUCAGACCUGACGGCUUCGCUGCAGGAGAAGGAGCGAGCCAUCGAGGCCACCAACGCAGAGAUCACGAAGCUCCGCUCCCGGGUUGACCUGAAGCUGCAGGAGCUGCAGCAUUUGAAGAACGAGGGCGAUCACCUCAGAAACGUGCAGACAGAGUGCGAGGCCCUCAAACUGCAGAUGGCAGAAAAGGACAAGGUGAUCGAGAUUUUGCGACAACAGAUUGAAAAUAUGACGCAGUUGGUUGGCCAGCAUGGACGCACUGCCGGGGCCAUGCAAGUGGAGAAAGCGCAACUUGAGAAAGAGAUUAAUGAUCGGAGGCUGGAACUACAGGAAUACAAGAUUUUAAAAGAUAAAAAAGAUGCCAAGAUACGGGAGCUUGAGGCCAGAGUGAGUGACCUGGAGCUGGAGAAGGUGAAGCUGGUGAACGCAGGCUCGGAACGGCUCCGGGCCGUGAAGGACAUCAAACAGGAGAGAGACCAGUUACUAAGUGAGGUGAAAACUAGUCGGACCGAGUUGAAUAACCUUACAGAGGACUAUGAAGUCUUAAAAAGGAAUUUUCGAAACAAAAGCGAAGAGAUGGAAACUACUACAAACAAGCUAAAAAUCCAAUUAAAAUCUGCUCAGUCUGAACUCGAACAAACGAGAAAUACGCUAAAGUCGAUGGAAGGAUCUGAUGGUCAUGCUAUGAAAGUGGCAAUGGGGAUGCAAAAGCAAAUUACAGCCAAAAGAGGUCAGAUAGAUGCCCUUCAGAGCAAGAUACAGUUUUUAGAAGAGGCAAUGACAAAUGCAAAUAAGGAGAAGCAUUUCCUAAAAGAAGAGAAGACUAAACUAAGCCAGGAACUGAAUACUGUUGCAACAGAAAAAAACAAGAUGGCUGGGGAACUGGAUGUCCUGCGAUCUCAGGAACGUCGUUUGAAAGAAAAGGUUGCUAAUAUGGAAGUGGCUCUUGAUAAGGCAUCUUUGCAGUUUGCAGAAUGUCAAGAUAUAAUACAGCGCCAGGAACAAGAGUCCAUGCGCCUAAAACUUCAACACACUUUGGAUGUCAAAGAACUUCAGGGCCCUGGAUACACUUCAAAUUCUUCUUUAAAACCACGUCUCCUACACUCGUCCUCUGCUGUCCGUUCCCACUCUAACGUCCCAUCUUCCCAGUCUUCAGGCAGCUUCCUGUCACAUCACUCUAUAAAAUCUAACACCCUCAAAGAAGACCCGACAAGAGACCUGAAGCAGCUGCUGCAAGAGUUGAGAAGUGUGAUCAACGAUGAACCCGCUGUGCCUCUGAACAAGUCCGAGGAAGACGGGAGAGUGCCAUCUCUAGGCGGCCUAAAUGAUAGAAUAAGAGAUUGCAUUACUGAAUUAAGACUGAGACCAGAGAUAUGCCUUAGAAGCAACAACUCCUUAAGGGACUCCAUUGAAGGCAGCAAAUCCAGUGAAAGUCUUAGCAGAGAGCCAGCCACAUUACAGGCAGGGGACAUGGAGGACCCUGUGAGUUGCUUCACGUUUACAGAAGCAGCAAGCCCAUCUGUGAAAACCUCAGCUUCUCGAUCAUAUCAUUCUUCUCCCAAGAAGUCUCCAGUGCACUCGCUCCUGACUAGUUCGGUUGAAGAUUCAAUAGGUUCUGUAUCACAGUACAGAUCCACCAAACCUGUUCAUUCACCUGAGUCUGUUAAAGUUUCACAGCCUCAGCCAAUAGAAACAACAGGAAAAACAUGCCGAAAACUCCAGAACAGAUUGGAAAGUUUACAAACUCUGGUAGAAGAUUUACAGCUGAAAAACCAAGCAAUGUCUUCAAUGAUCAGAAAUCAAGAAAAGAGGAUACAGAAAGUGAAAGACCAAGAAAAAAUGUUACUAAAAUGAUACAUUGCUUGCCUAUUCUUUCCAAAGGAAUGAUGUCCAAUUAAUUGUGGUGUUACUUGUAAUUA